CUGUUUCUUUGUAAAAUUCUACUCACAGUAGUAGCAGCCAGCACUGCAGUGAGAUCCAAAAAUCUUCUUCCUCUCUCACUGUCGGUGUUAUUUUUCAAUUUUUUUUUAAUUUCUUGUAAUAAUUAUUUAUGGCUUCACUUAAGUCUUAAACUCAACUUCCCUUCAUUUCUCUCUACUCUGCUUCUUCCCCAUCUUCUCUCUCCUCUUUAAUUUCUCUCUCUUCUCGGGGAAGAAAGUUGGGUGCAUUGGAGCGCCGACACAAAUUUACACUGUCUAUUUUUUCUUGAUAUCUGGAUCUUAAUUUUAAUUGGGGUUUUAAUUUUAAUGAGGAGAGAUUGAAUUUUAUUGGGUAUUAUUAGAUCUUGCUGCUUAUGAUGGAGGAUUCACAAAGUGGGGUGAAGCCCACAAAGCAAGCAAAUGAACAAGUCUGCCAGAUCUGUAGUGACAACAUCGGCACAACUGUAGAUGGAGAGCCGUUUGUUGCAUGUGAUGUUUGUUCCUUUCCUGUUUGUCGUGCUUGUUACGAGUAUGAGCGGAAAGAUGGAACCCAAUCUUGCCCACAAUGCAAGACGAGAUACAAGAGGCAGAAAGGUAGUCCAGCAAUUCAUGGAGAAAAGGUGGAAGAUUCUGAUGUUGAGGAUGUGGUCAGUGACGUAAAUGAGCCCUUGGGAAGUUCAAUCCUAAAGGAGAAGCAACAGGAGAGAAUGCUUGGAUGGCAUAUGAAUCAUGGGCAAUCUGGUGAGCUUGGCCCCCCUACCUAUGAUAAAGAGGCUCCUAUUAGUCAUAUCCCUCGGCUUGCUACCGGACGCACGGUUUCUGGAGACCUGUCAGCUGCAUCUCCUGGACGUUUUUCAAUGCCAUCCCCUGGUGCCAGCACUGGAGCUAAUAUUAGAGUGUCAAGGGAAUUCGCAUCGCCUGGAUUUGGAAAUGUAGCUUGGAAAGAAAGGAUUGAUGGUUGGAAGAUGAAGCAAGAGAAGAGUACAGGUCCUCCUAGUGUUAGUCAUGCGCCUUCAGAAGGAAGGUUUGCCAAUGAUAUUGAUGCCAGCACUGAAAUUGCUAUGGACGAUCCUUUACUAAAUGAUGAGACACGGCAGCCGUUAUCAAGGAAGGUUCCCAUUCCUUCAUCUAGAAUUAAUCCGUACAGGAUGGUUAUUGUUCUGCGACUUGCUGUUCUUGGUAUCUUUUUGCACUACCGUGUAACAAAUCCGGUGCCUAAUGCCUAUGCAUUGUGGCUGAUAUCCGUCAUUUGUGAGAUAUGGUUUGCAUUUUCAUGGAUUCUGGAUCAGUUUCCCAAAUGGCUUCCCAUCAAUCGCGAGACAUAUCUUGACAGGCUGGCCCUCAGGUAUGAUCGUGAAGGGGAACCAUCACAGCUGGCCGCUGUUGAUAUAUUUGUCAGUACUGUGGAUCCGUUGAAGGAACCUCCCCUUGUCACUGCCAAUACAGUGUUAUCCAUUCUUGCAGUUGACUAUCCUGUCGACAAAGUUUCUUGCUAUGUUUCUGAUGAUGGAGCUGCUAUGCUGACAUUUGAAGCUCUUUCAGAGACAUCAGAAUUUGCAAGAAAGUGGGUUCCUUUCACAAAAAAAUAUAAUAUUGAGCCACGAGCUCCAGAAUGGUACUUCUCUCAGAAGAUUGACUACCUAAAAGAUAAGGUUCAAACUACGUUUGUGAAAGACCGAAGGGCUAUGAAGAGAGAGUAUGAAGAGUUCAAAAUCCGAAUUAAUGGCCUUGUUGCAAAGGCAACAAAGGUCCCAGAGGAAGGAUGGGUAAUGCAAGAUGGGACACCUUGGCCUGGCAACAAUACCAGAGACCAUCCAGGGAUGAUCCAGGUUUUCUUAGGCCAAAGUGGAGGACUUGACACUGAUGGUAAUGAACUUCCACGUUUGGUUUACGUAUCUCGUGAAAAACGUCCUGGGUUUACACAUCACAAAAAAGCUGGUGCUAUGAAUUCUCUUGUUCGUGUAUCAGCGGUUCUCACAAAUGGGCCCUUCAUGUUGAAUCUUGAUUGUGAUCAUUACAUAAACAACAGCAAGGCGUUAAGAGAAGCUAUGUGUUUUAUGAUGGAUCCAAACCUUGGGAAAUAUUGUUGCUACGUUCAGUUUCCACAGAGAUUUGAUGGAAUUGAUAGGAAUGAUCGAUAUGCUAACCGUAACACUGUCUUCUUUGAUAUUAAUUUGAGAGGUUUAGAUGGUAUCCAAGGACCUGUCUAUGUGGGUACGGGAUGUGUCUUCAACAGAACUGCUUUGUAUGGUUAUGAGCCUCCUAUCAAACCAAAGCCCAAGAAGAAAGGUAUCCUAUCAUCAUGCUUUGGUGGAUCUCGGAAGAAAUCAAGCAAGAAAGACUCCAAGAAGAAAUCAAAACAUGCUGACCCUACUGUGCCAAUAUUUAAUCUGGAAGAUAUCGAGGAAGGAGUUGAAGGUGCUGGAUUUGACGAUGAAAAGUCACUACUAAUGUCACAAAUAAGCUUAGAGAAACGGUUUGGUAAAUCAGAAGUAUUUGUGGCUUCGACGCUCAUGGAAAAUGGCGGUGUUCCACAGUCUGCAACCCCUGACACCCUCCUCAAAGAAGCUAUUCAUGUUAUCAGCUGUGGUUACGAGGACAAGACCGAUUGGGGAGCUGAAAUUGGUUGGAUUUAUGGUUCAGUUACAGAAGAUAUUCUUACGGGAUUUAAGAUGCACGCCAGAGGAUGGCGUUCAAUUUAUUGCAUGCCAAAGCUCGCAGCUUUUAAGGGUUCUGCUCCUAUCAAUCUGUCAGAUCGUUUGAAUCAAGUGCUUCGAUGGGCUUUAGGUUCUGUUGAAAUUCUUUUCAGUCGUCAUUGCCCCUUAUGGUAUGGGUAUGGUGGACGGUUGAAAUGGCUGGAGAGAUUUGCUUAUAUCAACACCACUAUUUACCCUCUUACAUCCAUUCCACUUCUUGCAUAUUGUACCUUGCCAGCUGUCUGUCUCCUUACUGGAAAGUUUAUUAUCCCUCAGAUUAGUAACUUGGCAAGUGUAUGGUUUUUAUCCCUGUUUCUUUCCAUCUUUGCAACCGGUAUCCUGGAAAUGAGAUGGAGUGGUGUGGGAAUAGAUGAAUGGUGGAGGAAUGAGCAAUUUUGGGUGAUUGGAGGGAUAUCAGCCCAUCUGUUUGCAGUAUUCCAAGGUUUGCUAAAAGUUCUAGCUGGAAUUGAUACCAACUUUACAGUGACUUCAAAAGCAUCAGAUGAAGAUGGUGAUUUCACGGAGCUCUACUUGUUCAAAUGGACAACUCUGCUUAUCCCACCAACCACUAUUCUGAUAGUAAAUCUUGUAGCAGUGGUUGCUGGAAUCUCAUAUGCAAUAAACAGCGGUUACCAAUCAUGGGGUCCACUUUUUGGCAAACUAUUCUUUGCAUUUUGGGUGAUUGUCCAUCUUUAUCCUUUCCUAAAGGGUCUCAUGGGUCGCCAGAAUCGAACUCCUACUAUUGUUGUUGUUUGGUCGAUUCUACUUGCAUCCAUCUUCUCCUUGUUAUGGGUUAGAGUUGAUCCCUUUACAACCCGGGUGACUGGUCCAGACGUUCAUAUAUGUGGAAUUAAUUGCUAGCUGGCCUCAAGUUAUCGUCUAUAAUAUGUAUAAACAGUUUGAGCACAUAUACUGUAGCCAACUUCAAUUGUUUUAUAUAUCUUUCUCCCUCCUUUUUGUUACCAACCACUUACGUGUAUUUUUAGGAAGAAGUUAGCUGCCUCUUUUAAGUUUUAAGCGCUUUCAAAUUCUUGUAUUUUGGAUCGGUCAUUAAGUUAAAUUUUUUAAAUUGUUUUAUCAGAGUUAAAUUUGAGAUAAGCAGUUACUUUAAA